AUGAAGCGCCUACGAGAUGAAGACAUGAUGACAGAAGACUGCAACGUGGGCAUGACGCCUCCUCCGUCGUCUCUUUGGGUCUCUAUGUCACCCUGGAAGCCGCGACACGCGUCUGUCAAACGCUGUCGAGACCGCUCCGUGCCUGUCGACGCUAUGAGUCGCAUGAUGUCAGCGGCCAUCACCAAUGCGCGUAUCAAAAAGCACAGCAGCAUUGGCCAACUUUUUGGCGUCAAAAGCAAGACACCACGGGCCUCCUGCACUGUGUGUGAUCGCGCCGGGAAGCCCGUCAAGCCCCAGCUAGUGGCUGUUACGAUAAAGUACUGCUCGCACUGCGAGCGGACAAUGGGCGACUGCUGCCAACGCGAGUGCAUUUUGUGCUGUAACAUUUUCUGUCCGCUGUGCUCGACGCUCAACUGCGACGAGCAGUUUGAUCGCGUCUUCUGUCUUUCGUGCAAUCAAGAGCAGUCUAGAAAUUGA